AUGGACAUCUAUGUGAUAACCGAUAGGGAUACUGCGAGGGAGGAAGCGUCUGGCUAUAGCUCUUGGAAUCGCAAUGGGUCACCGAGCAUGAACUCUACUUAUAGCAAGAGUUCCGAGAAACAACCUUUCCAUGAAGAGAACGGACGCACCUACCACGGUUUUCGCCGAGGAGUCUACCAGCUGCCUUGCGAUGAGCAGGAACAGGAUCGCCUUGAUAUCUUCCACAAAUUGUUCACCGUGGCGCGUGUCUCGGAUGGGUUGAUCUAUGCUCCUCAUCCGAGAGAUGGCCGGUUCUUGGACCUGGGAUGCGGGACUGGGAUCUGGUCGAUUGACGUGGCCAACAAAUACCCCGAAGGAUUUGUCGUGGGCGUAGACCUUGCUCCUAUACAACCGCCUAAUAAGCCGCCUAACUGCGAAUUCUACGCGCCCUUCGAUUUCGAGAGCCGCUGGACCCUGGGCGAGGAUUCCUGGGACCUCAUCCAUCUGCAGAUGGGCUGUGGUAGCGUGCUAGGUUGGCCGAACCUGUAUCGGAGAAUAUUUUCCCAUCUACGACCGGGGGCCUGGUUCGAGCAGGUGGAAAUCGAUUUCGAACCCCGAUGUGACGACAGCCCGUUGGAAGGGCUGGCUUUGCGCCAAUGGUACCAACUUUUGAAACAGGCUACGCAAGACACCAUGCGCCCAAUAGCCCACAACUCUCGCGAUACCAUCAGAGACCUCCAGGAGGCCGGGUUUACGGAAAUUGACCACCAAAUGGUGGGGCUACCCUUGAACCCAUGGCACCAGGAUGAACACGAGAGGAAGGUUGCUCGGUGGUACAACUUGGCCAUCUCGGAGAGCAUCGAGUCUCUCAGCCUGGCUCCGUUUAGCCGAGUCUUUGGUUGGGAUUUGGAUAAAAUCCAGCGUAUUGCUGCCGACGUGAAAUCAGAAGCCUUUAACAAGGAAAUCCACGCCUACAACAUUCUACACAUAUAUCAGGCGCGGAAACCUCUGAACAACUGA